AUGGCGGCGAUACAAUACAGACCGAAAGAUGGACUCGUCUACGGACGGGAUUUAUCCGCGAGACCCACUGCGCUACAUGCGCCGACGAUUUCUUCUCCACAUAUCCUGAUUAUUGGCGGAGGUGUCACUGGCCUGGUGAAUGCGUGGCUGCUGCUCGACAAAGGCUACCACGUUACGAUUCUUUCAAAGGAGUGGGCUACAUAUGGCAAGACGCAACGCUUGACUUCUCAGAUCGCGGGCGCGCUGUGGGAAUUCCCUCCGGCGGUUUGCGGACAGCAUACCGAUGCGAUUUCUCUCCAGCGCUCGAAGCCGUGGGCAAUGGUGUCUUAUCAUAUAUGGGAUGCGAUCGCUGGCACGGAGGGCCUUGCGGAGCGAGCGGGAGUCAAGAUGAGGAAGGCAGAUUUCUUCUUCCCGGGGCCGCUAGAGGGGGAUGAGGUGCAGAUGGCGAGGAUGGAAGAAAUCAAGGCACAGGGUAUACGGGGAUUUCGACGGGAUCCGGCUCUCGUUAAGGAACGCCGUGUGGAAGCUUCAUACGGGGCAGUCGAUGCGUACGAACAUCUCGCGCCCGUCAUCGAUACGGAUGUGUGCAUGGCAUUCCUCAAAGAUCUUGUCACAUCCAAAGGCGCCAGACUCAUCACACGAACCAUCACCGGCGACCUGUUCGACCAGGAAGCGUCUCUGCUCGCCGAAUUCUCCGCAGAAGUCAUCAUCAACUGCACCGGACUGGCAGCCAACGAGCUGGCAAGCGAUAAACUGUGCUAUCCCAUCCGCGGCGGACUCAUUCGCGUCAUCAACGACGGCAGUGACUUCCCGAAGCUGAACCAAUGUCUUAUCGUGUCUGCGGACGCGGUGCACGACUCGAAUGAAAUUGUCUUCCUGGUUCCAAGGAACGACAACAUACUGCUCAUUGGUGGCAUUGCUGAACCCAACGAGUCUUCACUCGACUUGACGCUGGAAUCGCCUAUCAUCAAGCGCAUGCGAGCCCGUUGUGAAGCAUUCCUUCCGGAUCUCAAGAAAGCACGAGUCGACCCGGAGUAUCCAGUAGCACAAGGCCUUCGGCCAUUUCGCCCUAAGAAUGUGCGUGUAGAGCGCGAGUUGCGAUCACAUCGAGGAGGAAGGGUUAGUCGGAUUGUGCACAACUACGGCCAUGGCGGUUCCGGAUGGACGUUGUCGUUUGGGUGUGCUGGCGAUGUUCUCGCACUGGUGGAUGAGGCACUGCUGAAUAUCAGUUCAAGACCAGUGACAAUGGAGACGGUACUGUCGGGCUUGCACACCGAAGUCAUGAGGAGCAAGAUAUCCAUGAGCUUGCCUGCAAUUCGAGCGAAACUAUAG